AUGGUUCGCGUGACAGUCGAGCCCCUGUACACCGGGGGCCGCGGCAGCGGCGGCAGCCACGCGGCGAUUCUCCGCCUCGGCCGUCUCUCUCUCCUGAUGAACUGCGGCGCGACAGAUCGCCUCGAUCCUCGAGACAUCGAACCGCUUCUCCCCCACCUAAGCGACGUGGAUAGCAUUUUCAUCUCCCACGGCUCGCUGCGACACCUCGGCGGCCUGCCGCUGCUGCACUCUCGCCAGAAACCCGCGCUGUCGCGCCCUGCCUCGCCCGCGUCUCCUGGGCUCUGCUGCUGCUUCUCCGGGGGCUGCCGCGAAUGCAGCGUGCCCGCGUUUCUCACGCAGGCGAGUCAGCGCCUCGGCAAAGUGGCACUGGAGAGUGCGGUGUUGAGCAACGCUCAGAACCGGGGUGUAUGUACAGCUGAGGACGCCCAGGGCGGCGGCAGGGAGGCGGGCGCAGCGGGGCUGAACGCGCUCAAGUCUUCGCCGACUGAGGGAGGCAGCAGAGAAGAGCGCGGAGAGGGCGAGGAGAAGUGUCAGGAAGCAGGCGCUGCGGGUGAGCCCUCCGCUGCGCAGACGCGAAAGGGGGAUUUGCCGGCGGGCACGAUUCUCUCCGCGGAUCCUCCUGUGUCUCUAAAAGACGUCGCGACCAUCAUGGAGGCCUGCCGCGUGCUGCGGUACGAAGAGCGCGUUCGUCUGUUUCCGCGCAAGCGAGAAAGAGCGUUCAGAGGGCACGCCAGCGACGAGGUUGGGGAGGGAGCGGAGGCAACCGGCGCGGAGGCCGCGGGGCGAGAAACGAACUCCGAGGCAGGGGAUUCGGUCUGCAGAGACGAAGAAGAUGAGGAUUCGGAAGAAGAUGAGACCGAGGUGUAUGUACACUGCAUUAGUGCUGGGCACGCUCUCGGAGGCGCCGUGUGGCUCUUUGACGCAGACGGCAGGAAAAUCAUCUUCGCCGUCGAUCAUUGUCUCAAUCCCCUUUGGCACGUGGACGGGAGCGCGCUGCUCUCCUUGAUCCCGACAGUCCUCGCCGCGCCGUCGACGCCCUCGCCGUCACCCUCCUUUUCUUCUCCCUCCCGCGACGCCUUCUCGUCACCCUGUCUCUUCGUCUCGGAUGUCCACGAACCGCCGACGGGGAUCCACUCAUGGCGGACAUCGGCUCUCCGUGCGCUUUUCCUUCAAAUUGCCCAAGUUCUUCAGAGGGGCGGCGACGUCAUCAUUCCGAUGGAUGUCGGCAGCCCUCUCUUGGAGCUUCUGCUGCAUUUGGAGGCCUUGUGGCGGCUCGCGCCCUCGCUCCACGGCUUCCCCGUCUUCCUGAUCUCCCCGGUCUCAGUCUCCUUCCUCCUCGCGUGCCGGCCUCUGCUUCCCCAAAGCACGCAGCGGGCGCGGGCCGUGUUCGCGUCUCAGCGCAUCAAUCCGCUUUUUUCGGGCUCCUCCGCGUCGCUUUCUUCGCUCGUCGCCGCGCACCGCCUCGCAGCCGCGUCGGUCCCUGGAAAAACGAAGAACUCGCACUGGCUCGUGCGGAAGCAGACAGCCGAGGAGGCUGCAGAGGCCUUCCCUAUCCCUCUGCAAGCGCCGAAAGCCGCACAGGAGGGUGCGGGCGACAGCAGAGAGAAGGACGCGCUUAUCGACGGAUCAGGGGAGCACGCAGCGGCCACAACGGCCCUGCUGGGCGCUGCGGGGGUGCCAGCGACCGCGGCGGUGUGGAGCCCAACUAGCGGUCUCCUCCCCACACCGGCGCCAGGCCCCCUGGGGGGGCUUGAGGGGAUGGGGGAUCGGACCCAGCCUGCAGCCAACGCGGGCGCCAGGAGGGAGCCAGGCGCGCAAGCAGACAAGAAGGGAGACGAGGGAGGAGAGGGCAGCAAGGCCGAGAGCGGUGCGGCUGACGCAAACGCCGCGCGAGGGGCCCUGAUGUUAGGCCCCGCGUUGGUGCCGGCGGCGGCGCGGCUCGGGUUGGUGGGCGCCGUCCCCGCCCAAGGCGCGGCGGGGGCCGGCGCGUGUGGAGGCGGCGUCCCCUUCGGGAACCUGAAGUUCGUGAGGCUGCUCUCCACGGAGCGAGAAGUGGAGUCUCUUCUUCAACAGAAAGAAGGCAAAACAGAGGAGGGGCGUAGGGCUAGUCGGCGGCCGCCGUGUGUGUUCAUCUGCGUCCCAGCCAGCUUGGAUUCUGGUUUUGGCAGAAGCUUGCUCAUCCGAGAAGCAGAACGCGCAGAAAACGUCUUCUUUUUCCUCUCAGAGCCAUGGCCCGGCACGACGGCGCACCGAGUGUGGAGGAUGAUGCAGGAGAGCUCGUGCUCGGGCUCCGAGGCCCCCGUGCGACCGGAGGCGGCUGGCGAGUUGGGCGAGAGGACGCACGGGCUGAUCCACGACUCGUCUCGCGCGGGCGCAGCAGCAGACGCUCCCGAGCUCCUGCUGACGCAGACGCGCAGCGUAGCCCUGUCUGCCGACGAGCUGCUUCGGCUGUUUGAGCGCGAGAAGGAGCGGCGCGAGCGCGAGGCUGAGGAGGCGAAGAAGAGACAACGGGGCGACGCGGGGGAGACGGCGGCGGAGGCGGGCGCGGCCGACGGCGAAGGCGAGGAGGGAUCGAAGGCGACGAAGGAGGGGGGCGGUGGCGGCGACGAAGCCGAGGGUGGUGAACAGGACGACGCGGACGCGCAAGAUGCUGAAAUUGCCGAAGACGAGGAGGAGCCCGACGAGCCGCUGCUGCUGCGCAUCGCAGACGAGGACCUCGUGGACUACUCCGACGACGAAGACAGCGCAUUCGUCCACUUGGGUGCUCAGAACCGGACGUCUUCUUUCUUCGCAUCCGACCUCGCGCAGGGUGAGGGCACAGCAGAGACUCCGCGGCACGCAGAGUCGCCCAGAGAGGAGACGGCAGACGAGGCUCGGGAGGGCGAGGGCGGAGACGUGAAGACCGAGGGCGACGAUGGACCGGCAGGCCUGGAGGGGGAGACUGCCUCGCUGGACGAGGCGUCGUCCGUGGGGUCGGACGGUGACAGCGACUGGGCUGAGCCCGCCGGCCCCGCCAUGGAGGGCGACCGAGACGACUUUGCGCAGCCGGAACUCUUCACGGAGCGGCGCAGGACGAAGAAAGCGAAGGGCGAACAAACCGGGAGGCUCGACGGGAAGCCGUGGGCUGCCAACGGCGACACAGGGGUCAAGAAAGAAGGAAAAGAAGAGACGGAGGAGUUUGGCAUUCCCGUCAGUGCCGAGCAGAAGACCAUUUGGACAGCUGCAACUCUGUCCAUGGGCACGACGGGCUCCGCGGGCGCCGCCGACGCGGCCUCGGCGGCCAAGUCCCUUUGGGAAGGAGGCCUCUGGGGCGGAAACGAAAGGCUCGCCUUGGCGAACGGCUUCGCGCUGCCGGCCUCAGGGGCUUUCGGGGCCCCUGGGGUGUACAGACACCUCGCAGAGGGAGAGAGGCUGCUUGCGGGAGCGCCGCGGAGAAGACAAGAGCGAAUCAAAGCGCAACUGCGUUUGGCGACCUCGGCAGGAGGAGGAGGCCAUCUUCCUGCGUCGCCGUGGUCGUUUUACUCGUCGUCGCUCAUGGUCCCCUCUGCCUUCGGGCUCUCGUCUCCGUCGCCAUUGAUGGGCGCUAACGGCCUGAUGGGCUCUAGUCCCUUUCCGACCGCUGGCGCCGCCUACCGCCUCCAAGAACGGGCCCUGCCGGCCUGGAGGAGACAGCUAAGGCAGUGGUGCGGCGGGGCGGAUCCAACGGGGCUGGAGAGCCACACCGUGCGCGUUCCCCUGCGCUGCCGUGUGCAGUGCUUCUCUGGGGGCCUCGAGGGCGUCACAAGCCUCCAGGGCUUGCUCAGUUUCCUCUCUCUCCUUCGCCCGCAAAACGUUUUCCUUCUCCCCUCUACUUCGGGCUCUCUGGCCAGUGGCUUUGCGCAGCGCCUCGGGCAGCGGGGCGAGCGAAGCCGCGAGAGGGGGGACGGUGUCUCCAGCCACUUUGCCGUCGACGGAGACGGAGGGGUGCGUGGAGACCUGCAGGAAGGCGGAGCCGCCCUUGGGCCUCCUUCCGGCGCAGAGGCGCUGCAAGUCGAUCUUGGGCACCGACUCGUCUCCGAUCUCCUCGCCUCUCUGGGCCCCCAGACCCGCGUGCAGCUUCUGCUGCCCUCUUGGCCUGGCGCGUCGUCUCUCUUUCAGCCCUUUGAUGCCGCUCGCUCUUUCGUUAGCAACGUUGGAGUCUUGGACCUCCCUUCUGGGCAAGCUGUGCUGUGCCUGGAUCGGCGCCUGUGGGCGGAGCUCCAGGCGCACGCAGUCCCUGUCCCUACGACACGCUCGACGCGCGCGACGACGUUCGCAGGCGCGGUUGGGCUCCAGGGGGCGCGGAAGCGGGGCCACGCCGGCGGCAAGCGGCCUGACGGCGCCGACAGAGGCGAAGAGCGAAACUGGGGGCAGCGCCUCUGCUUCGUCGCGCGCGCCCGAGGCACCUUGCAGCCGCUCGCUGACGCCAAGGGCCAGGAUCGAGGAGCUAGGCGGACCUCAGACGGCGGCGCUGUCGAUGCGGCGCCCCAGGAGGCCGUUCGCAGCAGGAAAAGGUCUCGCUGUCGCCGGUUCGGCUCGGCAGACGCCUCGUUCGCUUCGACUGCGCAGGCGGGGAGCUUCUGGUGCCCCUCCCUGCGGCCCUCGUUCCGCUUGGUCGCCUCCGACCCCACAGUCUCCGAGGCUGCGGACGCGCCCGAGGACGGGAAACACCCCGGGGGCGAAGGCGAGCGGCACUCGAGAGCGAUGGACGGGCUGGAGGAGGAUGGGAAGACGGCACAGAAAGAGGGCGACAGCGGCGCGGCGUCUUCUUCGGCGUCGCACGCGAAACGAAGACUCUUUUUGGGCGGCGGAGACGACGGGCCCGGAGGCGCCGAUCGAGGCGCGACCCUCCUGCUCGGCCGCCUCCACCUGGGCGACGUGGCAGACCUUCUGCGGCGCGCAAGCGGCUGCGAGGGAGGCGAGGACGCGGCGGGAACUGACGCAGAGGAAGAGCGAGGUGAAAUCGCCUUCGCUCCGCAGGGCAAGGUGCUCACGCUGGCGGACUGCGCAGCUAUCCGCGUGAUCCAGGAUGGCCACGGCAGCCGCGCGGCUCUGUGGGAAAUCGAGAGCAGCGUGAAUCCGUGCUUUUUCUACCUCCGGCGGCUCUUUGCUUCGCAGCCCUUCGCGUUGCCGGGUUCUUGA